CGUCUUGGCAAAACAACCACCACGCCCUUCAGACUCCAGAAGAGAGACCUACAUAAGAUCGGGGACACAUCGACUCGCGUCUACUCACGUACCUAGUCUCGUCCCUCUCCCCGUCAUCUCUAUCCACAGCUCCAGCUCCAGCUCUCGUAGUCCUCCCUCGGUCCUCUUCCCGGCGAGUCCUCAGUUGAUUGCUGUGUCCCUUCGUCGUGCGAGACAUCGACCAGUCAUCAUCGACCAUUAGUCAAGAUGCAUCUCAACUCCAUCGUCGUCUCAGGCCUCGUGGCUGCCGCUUCCCGGCAGGUCAAUGCUGUCCCUUGUCCUAAGCCAGCACCUAUCUACAAGCCCAUCACCAACAUCCAAUUGGGGCCGAGACCCUACUGGUUGGUCAACAACAUGGACGAGGGUCCUCUGAAGGACAAGCUGCAGUCGUGCUCGGAACAGCCCAUCAAGCCCUCCAACUGGAGCAUUGGGCACCGCGGCGGUGGCACUAUGAUGAUCCCCGAAGAGUCGGUCGAGUCAAACCUCGCCGGUGCGCGUAUGGGUGCUGGCGUUCUCGAGUGCGAUGUUGCUUUCACCAAGGACCGCGAACUAGUCUGCCGGCACUCCCAAUGCGAUCUUCACACGACGACCAACAUCGUUACCAUCCCCAAGCUCAACGCCAAGUGCACCACACCCUUUACUCCCGCUGGCAACGGUACAGCCGCGACCGCCAAGUGUUGCACAUCGGACAUCACCGUCGCUGAGUUCAAGACUCUCUGCAGCAAGAUGGAUGGCUUCAAUACCUCGGCCGUCAACCCGGAGGACUUCUUGCUCGGUACCCCGAGAUAUCGAACCGACCUCUACUCUACAUGCGGAACCGUUAUGACCCACAAGGAACACCUCGCCAUGACCAAUGACUUGGGUCUGCAGUUCAGUCCUGAGCUCAAGGUUCCCGAGGUUGAGAUGCCUUUCGAGGGAGACUACACGCAAGAACAGUACGCGCAACAGCUGAUUGACGAGUACAAGGAAGCUGGAAUUGCCCCUGAGCGGGUCUGGCCUCAGUCGUUCUACUACCCUGAUAUCCUCUACUGGCUCAAGGCCGAGCCCGAGUUCGGCAAGCAGGGCGUUCUCUUGGACGAGAGCGGAGACACCCCCGAGACCUUCCCAGGAGCCGUUGCCAACCUGACCGAGUUCGCUGCUGCUGGUGUCAAGAUUAUGGCCCCUCCUUUGUACUACCUCGUGACCGUUGAAGAUGGCAAGAUUGUGCCCAGUUCGUAUGCGACCAGGGCCAAGGAGUUGGGUCUCGACAUCAUCUCAUGGUCCCUGGAGCGUUCUGGCUUCCUCGGAGACGAGACCAAAGGUGCUUACUACUACACUUCCAUCGCCAACGUCACAAACAAUGACGGCGAUGUUUACAACCUGCUCCACGUUCUUGCUCAAGACGUUGGUGUGUUGAGCAUCUUUUCGGACUGGAGUGCCACUGCCACCUAUUACGCCAAUUGUUUUGGUCUAUUCUAGGUGCUUGUGAGAAGCACGAUGAGGUGGUACCUUAGGACAAGCGAAUAUAAUCCAAAAGUAUUUCUAAUUCUGACGAUCAUGAUCAAUGUUGAGAUAGAACAUAUGGUAGAAAUGUAGCGAUGAUGUGAACAACGACACCCAUUUCACAAGGAGAGGAGCCGGUUACGACUUGCACAUGAAUAAUGAUGCUUUUCUUUUUACAAACAACGAUAUGAGAUAUUGCAAUAUCCGAAUUGCGCUAUUCAUCAGAGAACGACAAAAGCCGUCCACUGCUUCCCGUAGUGUACCUCGUAGAGAAGAUAGUUGACCAAUCGACUUACAAGAGUUUCCAAUUCUAAGUGGGUAUCAUCCAUCCAGCAGAUCUAUACCGAGUUCACCGACACGGUGAGUUGGGGCCUGACCUUGAAUUUUGGUACCCCGCCAUUAGCGCAACCCCGCCAUCGACCGAUUCCUCUUCCUCAACCCGUCAACC